GCGCCUGGGCUAUUAAAAUAUUCCAUUAUCACAGCCUCAAAUUUCUCAUCUAUUAUAAAGUACAGCUAAAGAAUUUCGAUAUAAAACUAUUGUGGUGAGUUUAGUAAAUAAACCUUGUGAAAGUGGAUUUGUGAUAAAGUUUGCGAAUGGAAGACGCAGAUAUUUGCGGACAACUUAGGCAAAUAUUCCCACAAAUAGACCAGGCAGUUAUCCAAAGAACGAUACAAGAAGCGAAAACGAACGAAGGAGUAAACAUUUUAAAUAAGUGUAUUGAAAUUGUUCUCGCACGCCAGGAAGAAGCACGUUUGUUGGGGAGAAACGAAGAAGAUAGAAACGACGAGGUUGUCCUUGUUAAAUCUAUAAGAAAAGAGACUUCAAGGAAACAAAAAGCAAGAGAAAUCCCCUUCGUUUUUAUCGAGGACACAGACGCACAUCCAGUUCAGAUUCAUGACCCUUAUUAUACCCAUGAAGACCAACCUUUCUCGGAUGGUGAUUCAAGCAACUCUGGAGAUGACAGCAGUGAUGAUGUUUCAGACCCAUUUCCACCAAGAAAUGAUUUAUCCAAAGAUGUAGAAUUUCCCGAUCUAUUUGCUUGGCAACCAUCCAGGCCACCAAUCCAAAAACACAUUCCAACACCAAUUAUUUUAGAGCCUUCAGGAAGUGAACCAACAUCUAAUUGGCAUCUAUCAACUACACCGGCGAGACAAACUUUGGUAGUACCUCUACAAUUACCAAUGAAUCACCAGCCACUAAUAAUACCAAAUGAACAAAUGUCAUCAACACCUAAUGCACCAAACCUGUCAAGCACCACCACUGCUACAGAAAGCUCAUACCUUGAUUUUGUCAGGCAAAUGUUUCCAAAUGUUAAUGUGGAAUUUGUUCAAAAAUUAUCCCAACAAGGUUUUGAUCUAAAUGGCAUUGUGAAUAUGCUUGUUGAUCGGCCUGAUAUGCAGAAUGAUACCAAAAGUGAUCUACAACCACCAUCAUUGUCAGCAGAAACAACAAAACAUGUUAAUUACUUCACAGAGUACUCAAAAAUGGUAUCUUUCACCUUCAAAGUACAAUGUGAAAAACUUUUGAAAAAUGAUUUCCGCAGAGUCUUCGUUGCUGACAUUAGAAAGGCCAUGGCAAUGUACAAUGGCCACUAUGCCCCUGCAAGAAAACUUCUUGAGGAAUCACUCUUGGCCAUGAAUGAGAAUAGCGCAGCUAAAUGUAUAUCAUCAAAUACGUUGCCAUCCAGCAAUUCAACUCUUGUGGAGGCCCAAAAAAAAUUUGCUAUUUCUCGAUUGUUGGGAACCAAAAGACCAUUGAAAGGUACUUUGGUUGACAUUAUUCCAGAAUUAAAACUUGAGAUGGAUUUCUUCAAGAGGCAAGUUGUGCUAAAUGAGGAAAAAAAGAAUGCAAUCUAUGCUGCAUAUUUGAACGAACAACAGUACAAAGAUGAAGGAGAGCUGAUUGAAUGUGGCUGUUGUUUUGGAGAAUUCCCUUUUGAAGAAAUUGUCCAGUGCAGUGAAGGACAUCUGUUUUGUCGAGAAUGCUUACAGGGUUAUGCGAAACAGGUUAUAUUUGGCUCGGCCAUGGCGUCAGCCAAGUUACUAUGCAUGGCUGAGGAUUGUGAAGAGCCAUUUCCUUACAAUCAGUUGGAAAGAUGCCUGUCGAACCAAGAAAUUGAAAAGUAUCGAAGCCGGCUUCAGGAGGAUUGUUUAGCCAAAGUUGAUCUUCCAAAUCUUCAUCAAUGUCCAUUUUGUGAAUUUGCAGCCAUUAUAGGAGAGCACCAGAAGGUGUUUACCUGCAUGAACCCCAAAUGUGAAAAAGAAUCGUGCACCAAAUGCGAAGAAGAAUGGAAGGAACAUUUUGGAAAACGAUGUAAUGAGGUGGAGAAGAAAUCUCAAACUAAUCUAAGAGUGAGUUAUGAGGAAAGAAUGACCAUGGCAAAAGUGAGAAAGUGUGCAAAGUGUUCGCUUACAUUUACAAAGCAGGAUGGCUGCAACAAAAUGACAUGUAGAUGUGGUACCACUCAGUGUUAUGUUUGUCGUAAAUCAGGCAUAACUUACGAUCAUUUUUGCCGCCAUCCGAGGGAUCCUGGAAAAAAGUGUGGAAAAUGCUCUGCUUGUUCGUUAUGGACAGACCCAACGGAAGAUGAAGAAUUGGCAAUUACAAACCUUCGAGAGGAGGCUGAAGUUGCAAAAAGGAAACUGAAUGAGGAGAUCGAGCAUUCAACUAGAAAGAAACCAAAGUUGUAAUUUCCAGUCUUGUGGUUAGCUUAUAUACCUUGCUAAUCAGAACACACACAUACCUCUAAUGUGAGGGUAUUCAUAUUUGGACAAAGACAAAUUAUAUUAACUGAAGAAUUAUAUGCACUAUAUUAUUGUUAUAGAGACAAAUAUUGAGUUAUUGACUAUUAUUACGGUUUCUAUUGUUACUAUUAUUGGGGUUAUCUGUUAACGACAACAAGUGGUAUUUUUGAAAAUAGUUGUAUUUUGUAACCUAAGUGUGUAAUGAUCAGGAAUAUUGACAUUAUAACCUACUGGUUAUGGUAGUUUUCAGAAAUAACCAAAUUGAAACUAUACUUUGUUAAAUAACUUGCAUUGCAUUUUGUUGGGGAGAA